AUGCGAAUUUAUGACAAAUUCGGAGAGGAGGGUCUCAAGGGAGGCGGUGGGGCCCCCACAGGGGCCCCCGGAGGCCCCAAUGUUUUCUAUAGAGAGGUUGAUCCUAGCGAGAUUUUUUCGAGGUUUUUUGGCACCGAUAGGAUGAAUGGAGACUCUGAUGAUCCAUUCUCUCAUCCGAUAUUUGGUAUGGCGGGAGUUGGAGGCCCCUUCGGCAUGCGAUUCAGCACUACAGGAAAUAGACGCUGCGGCAGCAUGCACGGGAUGAGCAGCAGCAGCAGCGCGAGCAGCAGCGCAGCAAAACCCCGCGCCUAUGAGAGGGAUUUGGUCUGUACACUUGAAGAACUCUACACGGGGACGACAAAGAAGAUGAAGAUCGGCAGGACUCGUUUCCACAAUGGACAUCCUGUAAAGGAGGACAAUGUUGUCACAGUUGAUGUCAAGGCCGUAAGUUUAGGGGAUGGAAGGAAGGCACCAAGUUAG